UGAGCGCCGCGACGCCGUGCCGGAAACCCUCCCGGGUCUUGAGGCGUAUGGAACCUCAAGGUCUUUAUGACAAUGGAAACCAAGAAGUUGAUUGGCAAACCGCUUCAACCAGCAAGACCUGUUCGUCAUCUCUCUUCUCCUCCAGGACCAGUGUUCCCUUUUAACUUUCAGAAUGAAUAUCCAUGUAACACUCAGUGCUUACAAAGUGGAGUUGGCAGAUGCAAGACGAAUGGAAUGCAAGCCUUUUCUCAAGGUCUGACUGAGCAAGAGCAGCACCAGUCUCCAGUUAAGAAAGAGAGAAUUAAAUACAGCAGAGAUUUCUUGUUGAAGCUUUCAAGUGUUUCCAUCUGCAGAAAAAAACCAGACUUUCUGCCUGAUCAUCCUAUUGUACUUCAAAACCCAGAAAACAACCAAAGUUUUAAGUAGCAUUUUAAGAACAGAUGAAUUUGAAGAUAAAGAAUUAUUCAUAUUAUAUUUUGGACACCUGCAAAUGAAGUGAACCUAGUAACAAUAACUGAUGGACUGUGACGAUUCAAUUUAUUUUUACUUUUGAUGGUUGGCUAUUUGGCUUCUCAUAAAAUGAGGAAGAGAUAUUGUAAACUAUAAAAAAAUUUUCUAAUCAAUUUCAGCUUUGCAGGCAGUUCCUGCAGAAAUUGGGAGGUGGCACUGGAAAGUGGGGAUG